AUGGAGGGUCACUUGUGGGGCAGUAGUCUGGGUAGCAGCUGGGUGGUCAAGUAUGUGGGACUAAACUUUCUUUCUUGGUUUGUUUUUUAUGAUUUGUCAGAAGUAGGGAUAAAAAUUAAUUGGUUUAUAAUUUUUCUUCUAGCUGUCUUUUGGGGAGAUAUUGCAUUAGAUGAAGAUGACCUGAAGCUGUUUCAUGUUGAUAAAACUAUCAAUUCAUCCACCCCUUCAGUACAGAGAACCGGACAUAACACAGGUGGCCUUGGAGAACAGUCUUAUGAAAUCGAGCCGAAUGCCACAGCUUCCAGUCAUAGUACCAAGAAAGUUAAAAAGGGGGGCAGGCAGAACUCCAUGCUUCCACGGAGACUAAAGAAAAAGGGCCCAAAGGCUGGACCUGUGGAAUCUUCGUCCCGCGUCCGAAGAGCUACUACAUCGAGGACUGAGAGAAUCUGGCCUGGAGGGGUGAUCCCCUAUGUCAUUGGAGGAAAUUUCACAGGGAGCCAGCGGGCCAUUUUUAAGCAGGCCAUGAGGCACUGGGAGAAACACACCUGUGUGACCUUUAUAGAGAGAACAGAUGAGGAAAGUUUCAUUGUGUUCAGUUACAGAACAUGUGGAUGUUGUUCCUACGUUGGCCGCCGAGGUGGAGGCCCCCAGGCCAUAUCUAUUGGAAAGAACUGUGAUAAGUUUGGUAUCGUAGCUCAUGAACUUGGCCAUGUAGUUGGGUUCUGGCAUGAACAUACUCGGCCUGACCGAGACCAGCAUGUAACUAUAAUCAGAGAAAAUAUCCAGCAAGGUCAGGAAUACAACUUCCUAAAAAUGGAAGCUGGGGAAGUGAAUUCGCUGGGAGAGACGUACGACUUUGACAGUAUCAUGCACUAUGCCCGGAACACGUUCUCAAGAGGAGUUUUCCUUGACACAAUCCUCCCCCGCCGGGAUGACAAUGGUGUUCGACCAACCAUUGGCCAACGAGUUCGGCUCAGCCAGGGAGACAUAGCCCAGGCCAGGAAGCUGUACAAGUGCCCAGCUUGUGGAGAGACACUGCAGGACACAACAGGGAACUUUUCUGCACCUGGUUUCCCAAAUGGUUAUCCUUCCUAUUCCCAUUGUGUCUGGAGGAUAUCUGUCACUCCUGGAGAAAAGAUUAUUCUGAAUUUCACAUCCAUGGACUUAUUUAAAAGCCGCCUGUGCUGGUAUGAUUAUGUAGAAGUCCGAGAUGGUUACUGGAGAAAAGCCCCCCUCUUGGGUAGAUUUUGUGGUGACAAAGUACCAGAACCCCUUAUCUCCACGGACAGUCGCCUUUGGGUCGAGUUCCGAAGCAGCAGCAAUAUCCUGGGCAAGGGUUUCUUUGCUGUUUAUGAAGCUAUAUGCGGGGGAGAAAUUCACAAAGAUUCUGGCCAAAUCCAGUCUCCCAAUUAUCCGGAUGACUACCGGCCUUCCAAGGAAUGUGUUUGGAAGAUCACGGUUUCUGAGGGGUUUCACGUGGGACUCACUUUCCAGGCAUUUGAGAUUGAGCGCCAUGACAGCUGUGCCUAUGACUACCUGGAAAUUCGGGAUGGGGCCACUGAAGAGAGUGCCUUGAUUGGUCACUUCUGUGGUUAUGAGAAACCAGAUGAUAUCAAAUCCAGCUCCAACAAGAUGUGGAUGAAGUUUGUAUCAGAUGGCUCGAUCAAUAAAGCAGGGUUUGCUGCCAAUUUUUUUAAGGAAGUUGAUGAAUGUUCCUGGCCAGACAGGAACGGUUGUGAACAGCGUUGUGUGAACACACUGGGUAGCUUCAAAUGUGCUUGUGAUCCUGGCUAUGAACUGACGGCUGAUAAGAAAACUUGUGAAGUGGCCUGUGGUGGCUUCAUGACCAAGCUGAAUGGCACCAUUACCAGCCCUGGAUGGCCUAAGGAAUACCCCACUAACAAAAACUGUGUGUGGCAAGUGGUAGCUCCAACCCAGUACAGGAUCUCCCUGCAGUUCGAAGUGUUUGAGCUGGAAGGCAAUGAUAUUUGUAAAUAUGAUUAUGUGGAGAUCCGAAGUGGGUUGUCCUCUGAUUCCAAGCUUCAUGGAAAGUUUUGUGGCUCCGAGAAACCAGAGGUGAUUACCUCCCAAAGCAACAACAUGAGAGUGGAGUUCAAAUCAGAUAACACUGUUUCUAAACGUGGCUUCAAAGCCCACUUCUUCUCAGACAAGGAUGAAUGCUCUAAGGACAACGGUGGGUGUCAACAUGAAUGCAUCAACACAUUUGGAAGCUAUGUUUGCCAAUGUAGAAAUGGAUUUGUGCUACAUGAGAAUGGCCAUGAUUGUAAAGAAGCUGGCUGUGAGCACAGGGUCAACAGUGCAGAAGGAAUAAUGGCAAGUCCAAACUGGCCUGAUAAAUAUCCCAGUCGAAAAGAAUGUACUUGGAAUAUUUCCUCCACUCCUGGUCAUCGGGUAAAAAUUACUUUUAAUGAAUUUGAAAUUGAGCAGCACCAGGAAUGUGCUUAUGAUCACCUGGAGGUGUAUGACGGAUCCAACAGCAAAUCCCCAAUGCUCGGCCGUUUCUGUGGCAGCAAGAAGCCGGAUCCUGUGGUGGCUUCUACAAACAGGAUGUUUCUCAGGUUCUAUUCUGAUGCUUCAGUGCAGAGGAAAGGUUUCCAAGCAAGACAUAGCACAGAGUGUGGUGGCCGGCUGAAGGCAGAAGUCCAGACCAAAGAUCUCUAUUCCCAUGCCCAGUUUGGGGACAACAACUACUCUGGUCAGUCUCAUUGUGACUGGGUGAUUGCAGCAGAGGAUGGCUAUGGUGUGGAAUUGAUAUUCCAGACGUUUGAAGUUGAAGAGGAGGCAGAUUGUGGGUACGACUACAUGGAGGCCUUUGAUGGGUACGACAGCACGGCUCCACGGCUGGGCAGAUUCUGCGGCUCUGGGCCUUUAGAAGAAAUCUACUCUGCAGGGGACUCGCUGAUGAUACGCUUUCACACUGACGACACCAUCAACAAGAAAGGCUUCCAUGCUCGGUAUACAAGCACCAAAUUUCAAGAUGCUCUCCACAUGAGGAAGUAGUUCCAGUGUUUCUUAAAUACCAAUCGCCAUCCUCGAUCCCACACCCGGUGGAGUUUAUUUUCUCCAACAGCAGCACUCUGUUAAUCUGACUCAAAAGAGUGCACAGUAUUUUCCUCCAACCCAGACUCAACAUCCAGCCUUUCUUUGAAGAGAAUGAACACGACAGUCUAUUUUUCAAUGACCAAGUAGUUCCUUUACUUGUUGCAUUGGCCCUCCAAAAAUCAAAUGGCUCAAAUGAUUGGCCCCAAAGUGUGGUUUGAUUAUUUAUCAGUAAUAUCAAGAUUUCAGUUGAACGGAAUUAUGGGACAUCCAAGUGAUACCAGAGGAUCCACUGCCUUUCUCCCUGGAUGGAAGGAUGGUGGAUGAAUGGUUGGGUAGGGAGAUGGGGGGGGAUGGGUUGGCCCCUAACAUUGUCCUUUCCUUUCAGAAAGAAUUGGAUCAUAUAGGAGAGGAUGUGAUCAUGUUGGGCCUUUCCCCUCGUCAUGCAUUAAGCGACAGGCUUGAUAGUUGUUGAUUUAGAUCCGUUGUGCAUUAAUUUAAUUCCCCACAGCACAUCACUCUUCUGCUUGUAGGGAGUCACAAAGAGCUGCCUUUUUGCUCGUUUCCAGGGCAUAUUGGACCAUAAGAAUACAGGAUCUUAGAACUGGAAGGGACUCUGGUCCUAUACCUUCACUUUACAGAUGAGGAUACUGAGACCCAGAGAGAUGAAGUGACUUGAUGAAGGUCACAUUUCUCUCUAGGGCCAAACCUUUUCUCCACACUCAGAAAGACUCCCAGUCUUUCCACUGUACCACACUGCCUCCCAGAAACCCGUGGCCUGCCGUAGGAGACCAAACCAGGAAAUCCUCUGCACUUCUGAGUGCGAGCAGAGAGAUUGUGGAUCUAAGGGAGCAGGAUUGGAGCUGUAAUAAAUGGUUAAUGACAGUGGGUGGGAGGGAAUCACCAAUCUCUCUUUGCUUCUUCUCCAUCACCCUUCUUUGUGUGAACAGAUCACGGAGCCAACAGUCAGCACGGUGCCCACUUUGUAGCACAGAGGAGCCAUUGGACCGCCACAGGGAGAGCCUCAGUUAUGCUGAAAAGAAAUUAUUUUCCAGCCUCAGAGGGGCUAACUUGUCUCCACCAUAGCCAGGGCCCAUUUUAUUGGCAAAAGGCAUGAAGGGCAAAUGCUCUUCAAGAGCCCAGUUCUUUUCAUCUAUAUAGCCUAGAGCUCGGAAAAAUUGUUAGCUAAGGGAGAAUGAUCGCAUGGUGGUCCAGAUUAUCUGCAAGUUCCGCUGGCAGAUUUAAUUAAGAAAAAUGGUCUCAAGCAAGUUCCUUGAGAUGAAUCUACCAACUGGUGAUCAGAAUAAACAAGAUGGCAUUUCUGUGGGAAAAAUGCAAAAGGUGAAUCUUGAACAAUUGUAUAGCAUCAUGAUUUAGUUUUAGGGGGAGGACAGUUCUGAGAGGCAUUUUGUUAAGGCAAAUGUGGGCAUUAUGAGCUAAAAGCUGUGGUGUGUUAGCUUUAAGGAAGUAUUUAUGAUUAAAUAAUUUAUAAUGAUGUUUACAUAACCUUAAGUACCAUUAGGUAAGAAGUUGGCUGUGGCACAUAUGUUUCAGAUAUACAUUGUUCUCAGUAAUGUUAAAGACAACUCCCAUAGCUUUGGGGACUAAAUGAAAGUCAUUUAAACUAUAGUAUGUGAAGAAAGUUAAAGUAAUAUUUAAAAAAUUGGAAAAUCCUACAAUAAAAAAUUUAUCCAAACAAAAUGAUGGUUGGGAAUUAAAAAUAAAAGUUAUACAAAGGUAAUGGGAAAUGCAUGAAAAAUUUUCUUGCUUUAAACAGGAAAAGCUAAGUAAUAAUAAUAUAUAUGUAUGUAUGUAUGUAUGUAUGUAAAGGAUCAGUAGUCAAAGCCUUAAUAAAUGUAAUUUGAAAAUGUUAUACUUGUUGACCACAGUUUUACAGCAGGCCAUGUAAAACGCUCUAAUAGAAUGUGUGGUAUCUUGUGUUUGCUUUAAAUAAGUUCUAUUUGAGUUGUACAUCAAGGAAUGUCACGCAGUAUUACAUAAUAAAAUAGAGCAUUUCCCAAAAGUCUUUAAGAAGUAAACUCUUAAUAGAUUAAAACUACAUGAACAUUUUUGUGGUAUCCCAUAUAUAAGAAUCUACCUACCCUGGACUUCUGG